ACCACCCCUAACAAACUCUUACUAGCAGCCAAACAGUCCUUAGCCCCUGAGGAAGCUGGAAUCUUGCAAUGGUGGAGCGUGGGGAAGAAGAGCGAAGUGAUCAAGAAUCAUAACUGAAAGGCCUCGCGCUCGCCGGCCAUUAGCAUGGAAGCUGCGACUAGACAGAAAACCCUCUCAUUGCAUCUAUAUAUACCCCCUCUUUCUUCUCCCUUCUCCAUUCUUUUUCUUGCAUUUCCCAUUCACCUCUCCCUCGCUUCCAACUCCUUCCCACGAUGACUGCCGCUGCCUCCUUCCUCCCGUCAUUUUACAAAGUCCCAUGCAUCACUGCGCCGCCUCGCAGUCUCUCAUCUCGGGGGACUUGGAAAGCGCGCAUUGGGAUCGCUGCAGUGCGGGCGGGUGUAUCGGCUGAGAGUGCUAGGGUUUCGGCCGGUGAGAAGAAAGAUGUUCGACCGAUAAUUGUUAUAGACAAUUAUGAUAGCUUCACUUACAAUCUUUGCCAGUAUAUUGGAGAGCUGGGAGUUGACUUUGAAGUAUUCCGCAAUGAUGAGCUUACUGUAGAGGACAUAAGAAGGAAAAACCCAAAGGGGAUACUUAUCUCUCCUGGACCUGGUGCACCGCAAGAUUCAGGGAUCUCAUUGCAAACUGUUGUUGAACUGGGGCCUUCCAUACCUUUAUUUGGUGUUUGCAUGGGCUUGCAAUGCAUUGGAGAGGCCUUUGGAGGAAAGAUUGUGCGCUCUCCUUCUGGGGUGAGGCAUGGUAAAAGUUCUCUUGUUUAUUAUGAUGAACAACUUGAAGAAGAUCUUUUUGAUGGAUUGUCGAACCCUUUCUCUGCAUGUAGGUACCACAGCCUUGUUAUUGAGAAAGAAACAUUCCCAGGGGACAAGCUUGAAAUCACCGCCUGGACUGAAGAUGGGUUAAUCAUGGCUGCUCGCCACAAGAAAUACAAGCAUAUCAAGGGAGUACAGUUUCAUCCGGAGAGCAUCAUCACCCCAGAUGGCAAGAUCAUGAUCCUCAACUUCAUCAAGUUUGUAGACAAGUUUCUGGAAUAAUUGUGCAAAAAUGAAAGGUAAAAAUCAGAAGGUAUGUCUAUAAAUUGGCUUGUGGUGGCUUAAAGAUGUUCAUCGAGUGUCGAUGUCUUCUCAAAUCUUCGUUUCAGUUGGAAUUUGGACAAACCUUGCGCUUCAUUCUAUAGAGUUAAUGAAAACGAUUCAUUUUCUUUG